AUGUGUUAUUGUGUUAUUGUAUGGAUAGAUGUCAAUGCAAAAGGAGUGAUCCUACGAGCCAUGGAGCAGAUUCGCCUGAGAACAUGCGUGGACUUCAAGCCUCGCGACACUGAGCCCAACUACAUCUCCAUGGUCAAGAACGAGGGAUGUUAUUCCUACGUUGGUAAUCAACGAUGCGGCAGCCAAACCCUGUCGAUUGGUCAGUGGUGCGACCAGCAUGCCACUGUGGAGCAUGAGUUCCUCCAUGCUCUGGGAUUAUGGCACGAGCAGUCCAGAUACGACAGAGAUGACUAUGUGUCUAUCAUCUGGGACCACAUUGAAAAAGAAAGGCAGCACAAUUUUGACAAACAAAGUGCAAGUCAAACCACCACCCUGGGAACUCUAUAUGACUACAACUCAGUGAUGCACUACGGCAAAGAUGCCUUUAACAACGGCAACGGAUCCACCAUCAUCACUCUUCAGUCCGAGUUCCAGGAUGUGAUUGGCCAACGCCUGGAAAUGAGCCCCAACGACGUCCUGAAGAUAAACCUGCUUUAUAAUUGCAAUAGCGUCGGCUUUUUCAUGCACUACAGCACGGCUUUGGUCAGAGAGGGAGAGGGAGCCAAGAUGCAGAGCAGGACUAUGAUGCCUGUCAGGUCAUUCCAGUGUCUACAGUUCUACUACUUUCACAGCGGGGGCACCCAAGACCUGCUCAACAUCUGGAUUAGGGAAUACAGAGAUGGUCCAAAUGAAACCAUCCACCUCAUGGGCCAGAUCACAGGUCCACCAUCGAACCGCUGGCAGCUGCACCACGUGCCUCUGAACGCCCACGGAACCUUCCAGGUGGAGUUUGAGGUGCGCAAAGGAGCCGGAAUCUCUACUGGAGGUUUCUCCAUCGACGACAUCAACCUGUCAGAGACCGAGUGUCCCCAUCACCUGUGGCAAAUACCAAACUUCGAUCACGUCCUGACAACCAGUGAGGUGGGCACGAUUCUGAAGAGUCCCAGGUUCUACUCUGCGGAGGGCUACGGGAUCCAGUUGUUCGUACAACUCAACUCCGAAUACUUUGGGCUCUUCUUCCACCUGGUGUCCGGUCCCUAUGACGACCAGCUCCAGUGGCCUUGUCCUUGGAGGCAGAUGACUGUCCAGGUCCUGGACCAGAACCCUCAGAUCCAACAGCGCAUGUCCAAGCAGAUUAGCAUCACCACUGACCCCGAACGCACUUUUACUACCAGUAUGUACAAAAGAUGUGUCCGGCUUCACAGUUGGUUGAACACACACAAGACACUGGAAAAUCAAUCAAGUAUUAAUGUUGUUCUGAGUGCUUGA